AACACAUGUAGUACUUUCAUAGUUCCCUAGUUCCAUGUAUGUCCGUAUAUUUUCAUUUUAGACUAUGGAGAAACAACCACCAGCACCAGCACCGGCACGUAGUGUUCCUCUGCCGUCGGCUUAAAAUGAAGACGAUCGCCUCACCACCAAUUUAGCCCUACCAAUUUACGACCUCGCUCCACCCUAAAUCAAGAUCACAACACACCCGCAAAUCAAUAAUGAAACCCACUUCUGUCACUCCUCGUUCCCCUUUUCCCACUCAACUUUGUUCUCUCCGUCGGACCCAUAUUCUCUCUCUAGUGUCUAUCUCUACACCAUCACCACCGUUUCUUCGUUUCUUCUCCGUUCGUUGUAAUUCCUCGACUCCUUCUCCUACCACUGUAAAUUUCAAAGUCCCCAAGGAAAAUUUUGUUAUUAAAGACGAUGUUGCAAUCGAGAACUUUGAGGUUGAAGUUGGGAAUCCUAAGUUUCCGUCUUAUCCUUUUCCGGCUAGAUUAAGCUUAAGCGAUCAGGCUUUCUUUCUUUUAACCUUCAUCGCUUGCACGGCUACAGCUGCAUUCACUGGCUUUGUUAUGGCAGCUGUUCCAACACUAUAUGCGAUGAGUAGAGCUGCAAUUUCUUUUGCAAAGUUGGCAGAUACUGCUCGUGAGGAACUUCCUAGUACAAUGGCUGCAAUCAGGCUCUCUGGCAUGGAAAUCAGUGAUCUUACACUCGAGCUUAGUGACUUGAGCCAGGAGAUCUCUGAUGGGGUAAACAAGUCUGCUCAAGCUGUGCAAGCAGCAGAGGCUGGAGUCCGACAAAUCGGUUCUCUGGCUCGACACAAAACUAUGUCAAUGAUCGAGGAAAGAGCAAGCCUUCCGGUCAUCUCAAUACAACCGGUUGUUGCUGGGGUCGCCAACAAGACUUCACAGGCUGUUGGCCACGCCACCAAAACCUUUAUGAAUAUCAUAUCUGGAACUGGAACUGACUCCACCCUAGACAUCUAAUUCUCUCUGUUUUUUUUUUCCGUUUUAUGAGAUCAUGGAGCCCUAGACAUCUAUAAAUUUUUUUUAAUACUUUUAGAAAUCACACAGCAUGUAUAGUUUUAAUAAACAUCUUCAACUAUUAUUAUACAUUCC